AACCCGAGCAUAUAUAAUUUAAGGACGGAGAACAAAAAAUGGCACAAUUGGCCUCCUUGUCAGACAAGCAAGCCGAUGCUUACCUCGAUGCUAGGCCGAGAUAUCCGGCCGAGUGGUUCCGAAUGUUAGCGGCUCGAACGCCCGGACACAACGUCGCUUGGGAUGUCGGAACUGGCAACGGCCACCCCGCCGUAGGCGUAGCCGAGUACUAUGAAAAGGUAGUGGCAACCGAUAUAAACGACUCACAGCUCAAGCGAGCAAUCAAGCAUCCGAGAGUCGCCUACCAUCACACCCCGGCAUCGAUGCCCGACGACGAUCUGGUGUCUCUUGUCGGCGGGGAAAACUCCGUGGAUCUCAUCAUAGCCGCUCAGGCUGUCCACUAUUUCGAUCUCGGGAGAUUCUACAACAUAGCGAGACGCGUUCUCAAAAAACCCGGUGGCGUGAUCGCUGUUUGUGUCUACAACCGUCUCAUAGUUUCUCCGGAGGUAGAUCCCAUCAUGGACCGUCUGGUGGAUUCCACGCUUCCUUUCCGGAACCCCACGAUGAAUUUGGCAUUUGAUGGUUACAAAACGCUGCCGUUUCCGUUCGAGAGCAUCGGGUUGGGGUCCGAGGGCAAUCCCGUCCCUUUUAACAUACCGCAUAAGCUUUCGCUUAACGGGUUUCUCGGGUUUCUGAGAUCGUGGCAGCCAGUCGUGAAGGCCAAGGAACAAGGUGUGGAGCUCGUAACCCCAACUCUGUUGAGACAGUUUCAGGCUGCGUGGGGCGAUCAAGAACAAGUUAAGGAUGUUUUCUACAAGGCUUACAUGCUUGCAGGGAAAGUUCCCGAAGGUAAUAUGGACAAAACACGUAAUCGGCCAAGCAAUGUCCUUGUAUGUAAUAUUCUGUGACAGCGUUUAUUGUUAAGGUUAGUUUACGAUCUAUGCUUACGUCUGUAAUGUCUCCUGGUCCAUGAAAAUAAAAAUGAAGGGAGGUUAUACUCUUUAUGCUUUUA